AUGGCGGAAAAUAGCUCACAACACCACCUUCACAAUGUCGGCAACUGGAUGCCAGCAGACCACAGAGCCCACAAAGAAUGGCUAGGAGGAAUAAUCCGCCAAGUGGAUGAAAGCGAGGAAAAACCGCUCCACCCAGUCCUAGUCGAAUUCAGACAGCUCAUCGAAAAAAACACACGUGUAUACAUGCUCUUGACUUCGAUGUUCAAGGAAGUCCCACAGAAGAAGCGAUAUGGACACGACCCAACAGGCAACCCGGAAAUCCGUGACUAUUGUCAUUUCCUGCAUGUUCUUAAUCACCUUCUGACGACUGCACCUACCUGGACCGACAAGGCACACCGUGCCGGUCUAGUCGGUCUGCCUAUUAAUGCCGUCCUCGAUUGGCCAAUGGGUACACCCAGUGGAUAUGCAGCCUUCCUAGAUCCUGACAUCAACGCUAUUCUCAAGAAGGUCUUGAAUGUGUGGGGCGAGUUCUUACGCUCACCUGCUUCUGCUGAUGUACUGAAUGACACUUCUCACGGGUGGUUCGGCAAGACCGGCACUCGGGAUCUCACAGCUGCUGCAAAGGUCGGCCCGAUGGCUGCAACUGAUUUGCAAUUCCACGAUCUAUUCGAAUGUGACCCAUCUGCACCAAACCACGGAUUUAAAUCCUGGGAUGACUUCUUCACCCGCCGCGUCAAAGAGGGAAUUCGUCCCGUCGAAGACCCUGAGGACGGAAGGGUUAUCGCUAAUGCGUGCGAAUCGAGACCGUACCGAGUUGCGCAUCAUGUUCAUGCCCGUGACAAGUUCUGGAUCAAGAGUCAGCCCUACUCUGUCCUCGACAUGCUGGGCCAUGAUACUCUUGCGCCGCAGUUUGUUGGUGGCACUAUCUAUCAGGCUUUCCUUAGUGCGUUGAGCUAUCACCGUUGGCAUUCGCCUGUUACCGGAAAGGUUGUCAAGGCUUAUGUUGUUGACGGUACUUACUACUCUGAGCCGCUGUUUGAAGGCCUUGGGAACCCGGGUAUGUCACAGAAGGAGAUUGAUAUGGCGGGUCAGGUUACUUCUCAGGGAUAUAUCACUUCAACUGCAACACGGGCACUUAUCUUCAUUGAAGCCGAUGAGCCAGCAAUUGGAUUGGUGGCAUUUAUUGGAGUUGGUAUGGCAGAGGUUUCGACUUGUGAUAUCACUGUCAAGGAGGGGGAUAGAGUGAAGAAGGGAGAUGAAAUUGGUAUGUUCCACUUUGGUGGUUCGACACACUGUCUUCUUUUCCGAAAGGGUGUUCAUGUGUCUGGGCUCCCAGAGCCUGGGAUGGCAGAGAACAAGCCAGUGCGAAGCAAACUGGCAGUUGUCUUAUGA